AUGGCAGAGUUCAAGAGAAUCGGUCUAUUGCUUUCGGUCGCCUCUUUGGCCUUGUCCAUGCCCGCGGACUCGUCAAGCUCCACAGCGGCUCGUCUCGCGAUCAGGGAAGAUCCUGUGUAUCCGUGGGUUGCCAUUGGAGAUUCCUUUUCCGCGGGGCCUGGGGCGGGUAAACCGUUUGGAGACGAGAUUAGCGGAGACUGUUUUCGCAAUGAUGGCUCGUACCCUGCCCAGUUAAACAAAGACUUCCCCUAUCCGAACAACGGAAUGCAGUUCCUUUCGUGUACCGGUGCCGUAACCUCCGACAUGAUCGCGACACAGAUACCCAACAUGGACAAAGAUCAACAAGUCAUCACCGUCUCCAUUGGCGGCAACGACGUAGGCUUUGGAAAGAUUCUCAAGGCCUGCGUAUUCAAGCCCGGCGGUCCCUUCUCAGACGACUGUGAUGAGACGAUCAACAGCGUGCGCAAAUGGCUCGACGACAACAAGCUCCGGGAUGUCUUGAAGAAGGGAUACGAUGCCAUUAUCGAGAGACUUGACCGGGGGAACAAGCGUACCAUUUUCGUUCAGCUUUACCCCGGUUUCUUCGGUGAAGGCCCAGGCACAGAGUGGUGCAAUUCCCAGAGUAUGGGAAUCAUACCCGGGUACAAGCCUCUUCUGACCAACGAGCUCCGCCACACGCUUAACCGGCUGGCUGAAUAUGUCAGGGACGAGAUCAAGCAGUUCCUUGAAAGGUACAACGGUGGCCUACGUUGGGACCAGCCCCGAAUUUUCUACAUGGAUGACUUCGAUCUUGACACAUACGAGACGCACCGCUUUUGCGAAAAGGGUCGAGAGACCUUGGACGACCCAGACAUCUGGUUCUUCACCAUUGGAGGCAAUGACUCCCCCCAGACGAUGACGGCUCAGGAUGUGCUUAGCAAGUACGACCCCGGGAAGUGCACCCAGGACGCCAAAUACCAGACUGACUUCGCGUACGGCUGGUACUGUGACACGGCCCGGUACGUCGCCUCCCUGUCCGAUAGCGACAAAGGAAACUUCCGUACCUACGCGCCUGAGUCAGUCACCAAAGCGUUUCACCCCAAGACAGCGGCGUUCACGUCCAUCAAGAACAAGCACAAGGAGGCCAUCCAGCGCCUGGCGUGGCCGCGUGAGGUCUCGCACGACCUCGGGAACCUGCAGUGCCAACCGCCCGGCCGGAAGCAGGAUGACCCGGAGUUCUUCGCCACCCGGGAGGACAUUAUUAAGGCUUCGGAGAUGUUUUGCGACUCGAUGCACUCGAGCGGUGUGAAACCCGGACUCAUUGAGGGCGUGUACAACAAGAUGAUCGUGUCCGCUUCUUGGAACGAUGCGGCGAAGGACUGCCCAACGCUCGACGUAACCUCUAAUGGGUUUGUCGAUAUGUGCAACUCAAGAUUGCUCCGCCCUAUUGAUGCAUGCGACCUGGAGAAGCGAGCUAACUUGUGGAAGCAAGGUGGCGGGUUCUAUCGUGACUGUAUUACCUGGUACAUUGGCAGGCAGCCGUAUGACAAGAAGCCUUCCGUCUCCGCCGCCAAUGCGACAAGAGUGUGA